AUGGCCCUCCUGGCUUUCUGUUGCGGAUGCUUGAGUCGCCCUCGGAUCCGAUGCAGACACAAGCGGCGCACCACGCGUAGAAAUUGGGGUUACGGAUCCGAUGCGGAUAUUACUGAUGCUUGCAAUCCAUCUCUCACAUGAGCUCCGCCAGUCUGGUAAUUGUUGGUAUUUAAGACGACCGACAUUUUUUUUAUAUUUUCCCCUGUUGAAGGCUUUGACUAACCACAAUCCUGCGCCUAUCGAGAUGUUGCCGUCCCAGACUCAAUGCCCAGCCGCAGUGGCUAUUCUAGGGGCUGGCUCCCAGGGCCGACGUAUCGCCUACAUGUGGUCUAGCACAGGCAAUGACGUACAUUUGAUUGACUCGCAACCGGCGCAGCUGCAAGCGAGUGUGGAAGCGGUGGAAGGCAUGCGCCAACAGUUCAAAGCAAUAGGAUCUCAUGGCCGUAUUCACACGCAUGCUGUAGAAGCGCUUCGUGGUGCUUUGGAGAAAGUGUGGUUGAUAGUCGAGUGUGUUCCGGAGAAGCUGUCGCUUAAGCAGCAAAUCAUUGCACAGCUCGACGCCUUGGCACCAGAAGGGGUUAUUAUUGCUUCUAAUUCUAGCAGUUAUACCUGUACUGAAAUUAUUCAUGGCCUUGAGUUGGCACACAAAUCAAGAGUCUUGAGCGCCCAUACUUACUGGCCUCCAGAGACGACAGCAAUUGAAAUCAUGGGACAUGGUGAGACGAACCCAGCCCACAUUGAGACUAUGAUGAAGGAAUGCGGAGAGCACGGCUUUACUCCAUUCCAAGUGAAGCAACCAUCAAUGGGAUACAUUUACAACAGAAUUUGGGCCGCGAUCAAAAGAGAGGCGCUCUUUGCGGCUGCCGAAGGCGCUGCCACGCCGCAGGAGAUUGAUGCGAUUUUCAAGGAUAUACUAAAGACCGCUAAGGGCCCGUUUGAGCAAAUGGAUGUCGUCGGUCUGGAUGUUGUGCUUGACAUUGAGAAUCACUAUGCUGCGGCCAGGCCAGGCUUGCCGGUGAAGCCGCGGGAGUACUUGCAGCAAUUUCUUACACAAGGUCAUCUAGGAGUCAAGAGUGGGCGCGGUUUCUAUGAGUACUAGAGAGAUAAAUCUGCAUACAAAGGGUAGAUUUUGGCGAUACCAUUGUUUUAGAAUCACCUUCGUAUAUUUUUACAGCAGAAUCUAGUCUCUCUACACUCAGGUGUAGACAACGUUGCGUUACCUGAAUUGAAC